AUGCUUGUGGAACAGUACAAUACUCACACUAUGACUGAUAGAUCUGCGCUAGAUUCUCUCGUUCACACAAACUCUGUCAGUAUAGAGGAUUCAAGACUGAUCGAUAAUGCGUGGAGAGGGGCUGAAGCGUAUCACUUUUUACUUUUGGCACAGCGCCAACUCUACGAGGGAUUCACUGAUGCUGCCCUCAGAACUUCUCACGCACUAGUUGACUACGAGGACGUUAUUCCCAACGAAACUAUCUACGCAAUCAUCGCUUUGACCGCUACUAUAGCGCGUUCGUUCGGCACGUGCAGCAACGCGUUUAUUAAACUAGAGAACGUGGAAAGCAUGGAAGCUAGAGUAGAGUACGAGGCUCUGGCAGUGGAGAUAUUCACCAGGUACCCUCCCCGGGAUUCCAGAACACAGAAGAUCGAGUGUACGAACUGCGAGGGCAGCAUUACAGACUACGGAAACACGUGCGGAAUCUGCGAUACCAAAUAUCCACGGUGCAUCGUGACAGGGGCUCCACUCACCUCCGUUCACUUCUGGCAGUGUGACACGUGCAAACAUCGCGCGCAGGAAACGGACAUUGUCUCAUUCAGCACGUGUCCCCUGUGUCACACUCUCAUCGCUUGAGGUUGUUUUGUGAAACGUGAAAAUUUGAAGAGUACUGCAUCUUAACGAUAAAGUAUCAAAUAUCAGAUUAUAAAUGGCAA